UUUGAGAUUUUGAGUUUCUCCGUCUCAUUUUUGUCUCUGGGAAAGAAAUAUGAAUCAGCAUACUUGCAAUUCGCUCUGUAAAUUGAUUCUCAGGCACCCUUUUCAGAAAUCUUCAAAACCCACUUCAUUGAUUAGACUGACUUCCCUCGCACAAAUCCCCAAUCAACUCGUUUCAGGGUCCGUUCCAUCUCCAAAGCCCCAGAUUCUCUACACAUCUGCCUCCAAGUUCCAUUAUUUUCGACCCCCAAAUGGCUCAAGUUUUUCGACCCAGUUUAUUUCGCGGGUGAUUCUGAGGAAUUACAGUGGCGAGUCUGCGAGCGAGUUGGAUAAGGACAAGGUGGUGGACGAGAUCAACCUCAAGUUUGCAGAGGCGAGGGAGGAGAUAGAGAUGGCUUUGGAGUCAAAGGAGACUGUGUAUUUUGACGAAGAAGCCAGCUGUGCGAGAGCUGCUGUGAAGGAGGUGGUGGACAUGUUUGAUGGUCUUUUGGAGAAGUUGUCGGAGAGUGAUAGAGGGGCGGUGCAGCGGUCGAUGGGGCUGAAGAUUGAGCAGUUGAAGGCUGAGGUUGAGCAAUUGAAUGAUUAAUGAAUAAGGUCGGUUCAUGUGGGCAUUGUUUCAUUUUUGCAUUUGGGUUCUCAUUGUUUUCUAGUUUAGGUAUGUAUUGAGGGUUGAACUCCAAGUCGGUGUGUAUACCAGCAUUGCGAGUUCUGACUAAAACAAUUAAUGCUAAUGCAUUGGGGAUCAUUUUUGAAUAAUGAUUGGUAUUGGUAGUCUGUUAUUGAUGAUCUUUGAUGUUGGUUGUUUUUGGGAAUUAUUGUAAUUUUUUUUAUAACUCCAAAUGCAUCUUCUUGCUAA